UUAAGGUCCUGCUGCGUGAGCCACUGACGUGUUUGGAGCUGGAGCCGGCUCGGGUGCUGGCGGAGUUGCGACCGGUGGUGAGUGGUCUCCGGCCCCUCCCUCCCUCCACGGCAGGCCCCGGACCACACUAGCCGAGGAGCCCGACCCUAGUUCGCGGCGCCACAUCGUCUGCGGCGUGCCCCGCUGUCGCUGCUCGCGCUACGCGAUCCCGCUGGGGCAGCGGAAGGUGACCCCAUGCAGGUUUACCGCGUGGUGUGUUUCUGCUUCCGCAUUUAGCUCUCAGACCUGACUCUGAGCAGCCUAGGGGCCUGGACGUGUUCAGUAACGCGCCCUUCCCCCACCACGGAUCAAAGCUACGUGGAGAGUGGGAAUCGGGCAUCAGGAACUCUUUUGUUCACACAGGGAUUCAUGUGAAGGAGGGGGCAUUCGGAAAUCCAUGUUUAAAGUGACUUGUGUUUAGAAUCCAGAAUAAAAGACAAUGAAGAGGGGAAUAGCUCGAAGCAGCAAAUUUGAUGCCUGUAUUGUGUGCCCGCAGUGAGAAGACAAGAUGCCCCUGGUCACACGGCGCCUGAGGGACCCUGACAUAAACCCUUGCUUGUCGGAAUCUGAUGCUUCUACCAGAUGUAUGGAUGAAAAUAACUAUGACAGGGAAAGAUGUUCAGAUUACUUCUUGAAGUACAAAAACUGCCGGCGAUUCUGGACUUCUGUCAUGAUCCAAAGAAGACAAAAUGGAGUUGAGCCAUCUAUGCCUACAGCAGCAGAAAGAGAUGAGAUUUUGCGAGCAAUGCAAAAGAUGCCCUAUUGACUGUCUGCAUUAAAAUUGUUUCUAUAACUCGAAGGAGAUGACUUUUUUUUUUUUUUAAAUAAAUGUUUGCUGAAGUCUUAAGACUA